AUGACCCUAGGAUACCGAGGUUUCCUUGCUGCACGUGCAUUACCUCUGUGUCCUGACGCUCUGUUUUCCCACGAAUGUCGGUAUUUGCAUGGAGAGUUUCACGGACCUGCCUGUGGACGCAAUGGCCCCUACACGCCUAAUGUCCUCUUCUGGUGCUGCAUCCUCUUCUUCUCCACCUUUGUCCUGUCGAGCUUAUUGAAGAAGUUUAAGACCAGCCGUUACUUCCCAACCAGAGUACCAUCCACAGUAAGUGACUUUGCUGUUUUCCUCACCGUCGUCAUCAUGGUGCUCAUUGACUUCAUGAUUGGGAUCCCAUCGCCGAAGCUCCACGUCCCCCACGUGUUCAAGCCUACCAGAGACGACCGCGGGUGGUUGAUCAACCCCAUAGGGCCCAACCCUUGGUGGACGGUGUUGGCGGCGCUUAUCCCAGCUCUGCUCUGCACCAUCUUGAUAUUCAUGGACCAGCAGAUCUCUGCUGUCAUUGUCAACAGGAAGGAGCACAAGCUGAAGAAAGGCUGCAGGUACCACCUGGACCUUUUCGUGGUGGCCAUGAUUCUCGGGGUGUGCUCCGUGAUGGGGCUGCCCUGGUUUGUGGCUGCGACUGUCCUGCCCAUCACCCACGUGAACAGCCUCAAAGUAGAGUCUGGCUGGUCAGCUCCAGGAGAACAUCUCAAGUCGGGGAUACAAGAGCAGAGAGUCACUGGCUUGAUGAUCUUUAUGCUCAUGGGCUGCUCGGUCUUCUUCACUUUGAUGUUAAAGCUUAUACCAAUGCCUGUGCUUUAUGGUGUCUUUCUCUACAUGGGUGUGUUGUUGCUCAGAGGGAUUUAGUUCUUCGAUCGCUUGAAGCUCUUUUGGAUGCCGGCGAAACAACAGUCAGAUUUCAUCUACCUGCGGCACGUUCCCUUGCAGAAGGUGCAUUUCUUCACCAUGAUCCAGCUCAUCUGCCUCGUCCUGCUCUGGGCCAUCAAGGUGUCCCGUGCUGCCAUCAUCUUUCCCAUGAUGGUUUUGGCUCUUGUUUUUGUCUGGAAAGUGGUGGAUUUCUGCUUCUCAAAGCGGGAGCUCAGCUUUUUGGAUGACCUUAUGACAGAAAGCAAGAAGAAGUUGGACGAUGCCAAAAAUGAAGCCAGAGAAGAAGAGGAGUCCCAGCAGAUGAUGGAAGCUGCUGCUGCAAAAUCCGUUUGGCUGAAACUGGGCAAGACCAGCAGCUUGGAUAUCCCAAAGCAAAGCAGUGACAGGCUGGAGAGCUGGGCGGAGAAGAACCUCAUCAAGUUCAACAAGAGCAAGUGUCGG